CACUCGCUGCCACUGCGGCCAAAACACACGGAGCGAUGCAGGAGGACAGCAGAGCCGCACAAGUGACGUCCAGCCCCGCAUCAAGCCUGCACGCAUCUCCGGGCACAGGAGCCCCCAGUGGACUAUUCCCCACGCCGUCCUCGCGUGGACGGACGCCGCGCUGCCUCGCCAAGGUGGAGAGAUGUGCACGCACCGAGGACAAAGGCGGCCAAAUUAAACACAGCCCUGGAAAGAUGAGACAAUAAGAGCAGAGUGUGCGCAGACGUCCUGCAGCAUCACCAUGACAAUGAAGGGCCUGACCAGCAGCCACGGUCACCAUCACACCGUCACUUGUGAUCCCUCCUACGACUCCAUGACCCUGGGUCACUCAAGUCGUCAGCCCUACUUCCUGAACCCGGGCGAGGCUCAGUCUGGUGAGCGCCCGUGCUACACCCAGCGCAGCUCCUUCCAGUCUGAAUGCAGUGCCUACCCAGACCUGGCCAGCUGCACUUUCCCUCGCAGACAUUACAGCUCCAACCAUGAGCUAAAGGAGCAGUGUGGGGCUUUAGUGCCUUACACGGGGCCAGCAGGAGGCAGCAAAGGCAAGAACAACAACAAUCGGGUGUCCUCCAACCUGCUGGAACACUUUGAUCACCAAGCUCCUGUACGGCGAGAAGGCUACCACACGCUGCAGUACAAGCGCACGGCGGUGGAACACCAGCGCAGUGACAGUCCGGGACGUAUCCGCCACCUUGUUCACUCUGUCCAGAAGCUUUUCACCAAGUCCCACUCCCUGGAGGGGCCUUCAGGGUCUGGCACGACUGGGAGGAUGAACGGUGGCAAAAACAGCCCGGAUGACCCGCCUUCCUCGUCUGGAACCCUCAAACACAAUAAGCGUAGCAAGAGCAAAGACCGAGCCAAGUCGGAGCCCAAGAUGCAUAGCGCCAUCUCCGGCUACUGGAGCUCGGACGACACCCUGGACCGGGAGCUGUGCCUGUACCACCAUCACGGCACAGGGCAGCCGUCGGGGGUCAUGACCAUGGGACGACACCCGGACAAGUCGCAGUCGCAGUACUUCAUGGAGUCCUACAACACCAUCAGCUCGCACUCGCUGAAGACGUCGCGCAGCAACAACGACGUGAAAUGCUCGACCUGCUCGGGGGGCGACAGGGGCGGGCUCCCCCUGGUAGGCCCGCUAGACGGCCAAGUGCAACUCAAGAAGAGCUCAUGGUCUUCGACUCUGACUGUGAGCAGAGCAAGAGAGGUCUACCAGAAGGCCUCAGUCAAACUAGAUAAAGCUCUAGUGAAAGCCGAGCAGGGACGCACCUGCCACUUCCUACAGGUGCCCCAGGAUGACUGGAGCGGAUUUUCCCCGCUGGCCAAAGAGGACGAGAUCCCCUGCCGCAGGAUGCGAAGCGGCAGUUACAUCAAGGCCAUGGCCGAGGACGACAGCGGCGACUCGGACGGCAGCCCCAAACCUUCGCCCAAAGUCCAGGCGCGGCGGGCCAGCUACCUGAAGGCCACACAGCCUUCGCUCUCCGAGAUGACCACUCUCAAGAUCUCCACAGAGCACUCUCCCAAGCUGCAGAUCAGGAGUCACAGCUAUCUGCGGGCUGUUAGCGAGGUUUCUAUCAAUAGGAGUCUGGACAGCUUGGACCCGGCGGGGCUGCUGGCCUCGCCUAAAUUCCGCUCCCGCAACGAGAGCUACAUGAGAGCCAUGAGCACCAUCAGCCAGGUGAGCGAGGUGGAGGUGAACGGGCAGAUCGAGGCCGUGUGCGAGUCGGUGUUCAGCGAGAUGGAGUCGCAGGCGGUGGACGCCCUGGAUUUGCCCAUGCCCGGCUGCUUCCGCAUGCGCAGCCACAGCUACGUGCGCGCCAUCGAGAAAGGAUGCUCACAGGAGGAAGAGGAGGAGGAGGCGGCGGCGGCGGCAGGGCGGGGAGGCGGCGCCGUGGCCAAGCGCAAAGCCGGGUCGCCCCCGCACACCACCACCACCACCACCGUCAGAACCAUCCAGAGCAGCACAGUGUCGUCAUGCAUCACCACCUACAAGAAGACCCCUCCCCCUAUCCCGCCGCGGACCACCCCGUCCAAGCCCUUCAUCUCCAUCACGGCCCAAAGCAGCACCGAGUCGGCCCAGGACGCCUACAUGGACGGCGGGGUCGGCCCCCACAAGGGCCUGGGCUCCCAGCCGGGCCUGUCCAACUCCACCGAGAGCAUCGACAGCAUGAAGGCGCUCACGGCGGCCAUCGAGGCGGCCAACGCUCAGGUGCACGGCCCCGCCAGCCAGCACGUCACCAACAGCACCGCCACCACCGACAGCAAGGCACAGAGGGAGGCGCUCCGCAAGUGCCUCUCCAUCGGGAUCCAGGUGGAGCCAGAGGAAGGCGAGCAAACUGAGGAGCAGUCCAAGUUCCACUCCAUCGGAAUUCAAGUGGAAGACGAACAAUGUCAGCGCCGUGUGACCCGCUCCAACAGCGUGACCGCCGCCGUCCAGGCCGACCUGGACGACCCCGCCGACGUCCCGCUGCCGCCGCCGCCCCGCCACUUCGCCACCAUGCCCCGCCAGCACUCCCGCGACUCCGCCGCCUCCACGGUGCGAAUCCAAGGCUCGGGGAACCACUACCACGCCUGCGCCGGGGACGACUACGGCGAGGCGGGCUUCGACCCGUCCAUCCUCCCACCUCCGGACCCAUGGAUGGACAGCGUGGCCGAGCCCGAGGGGGCGGGCGCGUCGGAGGCCGUCGGCCGCUCCGUGUGCCCGCGAGACGGACGCUGGUUCCUGAAGCUGCUGCAGGCCGAGACGGAGCGCAUGGAGGGAUGGUGUCGCCAGAUGGAGCGGGAACAGACGCACGGCCAGCUGACGGAGGACAUCCUGGGCAAGAUCCGCAGUGCAGUGGGGAGCGCGCAGCUUCUCAUGUCCCAGAAGUUCCAGCAGUUCCGAAAGCUGUGUGAGGAGAAUCUGGACCCCGAUGCGCAGCACCGGCCCGUCUCCCAGGACCUGGCGGGCUUUUGGGACAUGCUGCAGCUGUCCAUCGAGAACAUCAGCCUGAAGUUCGACGAGCUGCACCAGCUCCGAGCCAACAACUGGAAGCCUCCGACCCCGCCGGACAUCCAGGACGGACUCUUUGUCGUCCCUGUCCAGGAGAGACGGGCGCCCCCUCCCGUGCCAAAGAGGCCCCAGAAGGGCCACGCCCCCCUGGCCAGAGACCGCUCCCUGGAGAGCUCCGAGCGCCAGCGCCUGGAGGCCCGCAAGCGCCUGCUGGCCGCCAAGCGGGCCGCCUCCGCCCGGCAGAGCUCGGUCACGGAGAGCGCCGACAGCAUCGAGAUUUACAUCCCCGAGGCGCAGACGCGACUAUGAGGCGCACGCGCUCACGCAUUGACGUGCCAGAUUACCAUUGAGAUGUAUAUUAUUUAUUUAUUUAUUUACCUACAGAUCCCCCAGCUAUGAUGUAGCACCCUGACCCCGCCCCCUUUCCUUAAACACACACACACCCAUAACGUACGUGUGUAUGAGGAUGUGACAAGUGUGUGUGCUGGUUCGUCGUGGUCUUGAAAUGACUUCAUUCUUAAGUACUUCCUGUCAAACAUCCGAGGUGGUAAUAUCGGUCCAACUCACCUGUUCGGGCCGGGACACACCAUUAGGUACACCCACACGAGUUCCGCCUCCUUGUUGUGGCUCCCUCAGAUUUCUUUUUUUUUAACCCCUGUAGUGAGAAAAGUUUACAUCUUUAAAAAAAGAGUCCUAUAAUUUCCCACGGUCUGUGAGGCCGUGAAUGCGCGCACAGGCGUCAAGUAAAAGAGACCGGAAGUCCGGAACCAUGGCUGCGCGCCAAAAGAGAGAGGGUUUAAUUUUACAUGGAUAGCAUACUUGCCAACCCUCCCGAAUUUUCCGGGAGACUCCCGAAAUUCAGCGCCUCUCCCGAAAAACUCCCGGGACAAAUAUUCUCCCGAAAAUCUCCCGAUUUUCAGCCGGAGCUGGAAGCCACGCCCCCUCCAGCUCCAUGCGGACCUGAGUGAGGACAGCCUUUUUUCAUGACGGAAGGACAACAGGGUGACAAGAACUAAAUCAUCUAGACUACAGAUAAAUUGUAUUAUUAUGUUUAUUUUACCUAAAAAUAAAUAUAUUUAUUAAUUUAAAAAAAAUUAAAAAAUAAAUACAUUUUUACUAUAUUUUGCCAAAAACAUCAAAAUUAAUUGUAUUUUUAUUUGUAUUUUUUCGUGACUCCUUAUUACAUCCAGCCAUAGAAUUAUACAUUAAAAUAAACAUAUUUGAAAUAAUUGAUUUUAAAUUAUCAUAAUAAUUCAUUUAAAAUGACAAUAUUUAAUUAUUAAAAUAAUUGCUUGUUUAUCAACAACUUUAGCAUUUUAUUCAUUACAUUUUGAAGCCAAGUUAUGUUAUAUUCCUUAAAAUUUAUUUAUGCAAGUUUGAAGUAUCAAUUAUCUAAACACAGUUUUGUUUGCAUAUUUUCAGGAUGUAGAUAUAUAUAUAUAUAUAUAUAUAUAUAUAUAUAUAUAU